AAUGCGGCUGCGCAGUGGGGAUGCACCGUUGGGGAGAAGCUGGUCCGUUUACCUGCAAGAUAAGCCGUUUAGAUGUUGUGGAACUUGGUUAUUCAUUAAUAUUUUUAAUUGACGAGACAAAGCGGGUCAACUCUGCAGUUUAACGUCGUACUCCCGUGUCAAGCGAGGGAACCAAACCCUGAAAGAUGGAGGGGUCUGAGAGCAGCGCGCUAGGCAGAGUAACCGUGUACUCCAUCCAGGGCUGCCCGCACUGCAUUCAGGCUAAGGCCACCCUCGGGCGCCUGGGAGUACCAGUGCGCGACGUGGACAUUGGUAAACACUCUGAGCUGAGAGCGAGGGUGAAGGAGCUGACGGGACGCAGCACAGUCCCUCAGAUCUUCUUCAACAGCGUGCACGUCGGGGGCAACGACGACCUGCAGAAACUGCCUCCCGAGGAACUUCAGAGACUGGUGAAUCUGGUCAAGGACGAGCCUCUACGAGCAGAUGCUCCACCUUUACCAGAGAUAAAUCAGGUGGAGGAGACGGCCGCUGACAACGAUGGAGGGUUUAAGUGUGAGAGAGAUGAGUUGGCAGAGCUGGUAGAGGACCUCAAACAUGGCAGUGUGAUUGGCAGUCAUAGGAAGGGCCUGACUUCAUACAAAAAGUGCUUCUCAGGCAGCCAGCUGGUUGAGUGGCUGCAGAAACAGAAGGGCAUGGCCAGGGAUGAGGCCCUGAACACUGGCCAGGCUUUGUUGCAGAAGAAGUACAUGGUCAGUGUGAAUGGCUCUGGGCAGCAGGAUGCAAGUUUUGGGGAAGGAAAAGACGCCAUGGAGAAGCUGUACAGGCUGAUGGAGGACGACCCUAACUCGGCCCUCAACGUAGGACAGACUGCAUCCUGCAGUCCCAUACAGGCUGCUGAGCUCUCUUUGCUUUUACGGGACUUGAUUCUGAAAUUGUUCUCGGAGCAUCUCUCUGCCGAUGGCAAGUCGGUGGACUACAAAGGCAUGUCGGUGAACCCUGCGUUCGAGCGUUACUGUGAGCUCGCCAUUCAGCUGCAGAGGGUGGAGCUGCUUUCCUUGACCCGGGAGGAGAAGCUGGCCUUCUUCAUCAACAUCUACAAUGCCUUAGUCAUCCAUGGGUACCUACGACUGGGGGCCCCCACCAACAUUUUUCAGAGAUACAGGUUCUUCAAUUAUGUGAGUUACCUGAUUGGAGGAGAAGUGUUCACAUUACAGGACAUUGAGAACGGCGUCCUUAGAGGGAACAGAAAAGGAGUCGCGCAGCUUCGAAAGCCCUUCUCCAAAACCGACCCGCGACUUCAAAUGGCGCUUCCUGAUGCUGAGCCACUCAUUCACUUUGCCUUGAACUGUGGCGCAAAGGGCUGCCCACCAAUUAAAACGUACAGUCCACAGGACAUCGACAGCCAGCUCCGCAUAGCAGCCGAGGCCUUCCUGGAGAACGACGAUGCCUGUGUGGUCGAUUCUGGGAAGAGAGAAGUGCGACUCAGUCAGAUAUUCAAGUGGUACAAGGCUGACUUCGGAGGCACAGAUGAGAAGCUGCUCAAGUGGGUGCUGGAGCACAUGGGGGACUCUCCGAAGAAGACGAGCCUGCAGAGCGUCGUUUCCAGCGGGAAGCCCAAAGUCACCUUCCUCCCGUACGACUGGAGCACCAACAGCUCCCACUGAGCACGCUCACACGGACACACCUGGGCUGGUGAUGGAACGCGUACCAAAUGAAGUCUGCUGGUGCCCAACCAUGCAAAUGUUUUUUAUGCAAAUCAUACAAUAGGUCAGAGUGGUGAGAAGGUUCACGUUUGCACUGUAUCAUCCAACUGUACUUCUCCUGUAGGCUUACUCAGCUUUAAAGUCAUCUGUGGAUGUUAUUGAGUAGCACAUCAUGUUUUAUGGGUGGAAAGUAAUAAAAAGAGAACGUUAUUUGCACAAACAAAAGCUUCGUUCUCCAGCAGCCUAAUUAAUAUAAUAAAACUCACAUUUGAUAUUUCAUUGUGUAAUGGCCUCCGUGCUCUCUAGUCCGUGUCAGCAACUCAGGAGUCAUAGAUUAUCGUCAGAACCUCGGGUCCACGACACUGUUCAUCGAUUUGGAGCAUUUAAUUAGAUCAGGAUCCAAACUCGCCACCUUAACAAGCCAUAUCAAACCCUUCCGAACUUAAAAUCUCACUCGCUCAUGUGUAGCGGACUGCAGAUUCCUCACAAAUCUGGUCCAUCCAUUUUUUUUUUUUUUGAGCCCACAGAUGUAAACAGGUUGAUGUUGUGCUGAGGUGGGAAAGAUUUAACACUUAACAAAAAUACUGUACACGCUGAUAUUAAAUGCUACAUUUGUAGAAUUAACAUGUCUUUUAACAUCUAUAAUCCAGGUCUGUGCACAUUUCUAACUAUUCUCUAGCUCAUCUGAUUGAGUCUGAUUUAAUCCUUGAACUAUAAAGUAUAGUUAGUGUGUGUGUGUGUGCUACUUUAGAACGCACAGACAGAUGCAGUGCUUGAUCAGUUCUUAAUCUUAGACAGAAUUAUUCCUCGUGGCUUCUCAGCCGUGUUUUAGAUCCAGGUCUUCCACAGUACAUCGGAAAAGUGCUAUUGCUGUGUUUUAAGCGCAGAUGUUUAGUAAAAAAAAAAAAAAAAUUCUUAUUGAAAUAUUAAUCAAGACUACUCCCACUUGGGGAUUAGGCACUCUGACACUUUGCAUGUUUACCGCAAACUUUGAAUGCCAUCGAAACGUAUUUGUACUUUUUUUUUUUUUUUUCCCCACAAACGUUCACUGUUGGUUCAUAUGUGAAUAAUGUGAAAAAUGUGUCAGUCCUGCCUAGAUUUUCUUCACAAAUCAGCUGAUCAUCAAUACGAUUAAAUACGUACAUUAGUUUAAUUGAAGCUUUUGUAGGUUUUUAAGGGGAUGUCCACCUGAUGAGGUUUACAAAACAUAAUUGAAAUUAUAGUAUUUUUUUUUCUCUUAAUGUUUUUAAGAUGUUUUUCAUUUUCCAGUGCGACGCCCACACGUUAUAAAUUUAUAUGACGGGGAUUUAUCAUUUAGGAUUUUCUGACCUCAGGUUAACGCAGAGCUGAACUAUAUUGAGGUUGUUCGAUGUCAUUAAGGCGCUGUGUGCUGCAUGUUGAUUUCCUGUCUUAGCUAUUUCAGCUCAUUCUGUAUGGUCUGUUUGCAAAAACAAAAAGUAUUUUCGGUUUGAACCUUGCGCACUGUAAGGGUGGAUUUUUCUUCAAGCUGCAAGCGGCACCAAAGCAAACGGUUACAUUAGCACGUGUCAGGGCUGGAAUGCAUCGCUGCAUGAGAUACUGGGACAACCCUCCCAUCAUGAAUGCUGGCCUGUGGCAGGGACUGCCUCUGUGUCACUGCUUUGUUCCUAGCCUAUACGCUUAGCCAUAAUAUAUAUAUAUAUAUAUCUCUCAAUAGGACCUCAAUUGUGAUUUAGGUUUGAUAUUAAAAUCUAAGAGUACAAAUCCACAUUUGGUUGUACUGUGCUUAACUCCGUUAUUGAAUGACGGAUAUUUAGACACUUUGUAAUAGAAAACAAUAAUAAUGGUCCCAGAACUUCUUUCAGAAAAUGACCUCAUGUUUCAGGAAGAUGUGAUGCAAAAAAAUGUUCUUACAUGCUCCCUAUUUCUUGGGGCGAACGAUGAAGCAAUAUGUUAAUAAAUAGCAAAUAUGCAAUGCUGAACUAAAUCCAUUUGUCGAGUCUGCUUUCUCUUUUAUUCUAGCGUCUGCUUAAAACUUACACGAGACACUGAAGGAAAACUGCCCGGUUAUCGUUGGUGAAUAAUGUGGCAAACAUAUCGCAAACCAACGUAACUCAACACCCACAACAACAGCUGUUUCUUUUAAUCAUUUGUUUAUUCAAACAAAUUUAAAUCACCUUUUCUUUAAGAAAAAUAGAUGAGAAUCAUUACCAUUACAAAUCCAGUCUAUUGACAUCUGUACAUAUAAAUAAGCAGGUUUAAGUGCGCAGUCCCAUAAAAACAUGACAUUUAAAAAGUUCAACCAUCCGGAAAGUUUAUACAUGACAACCAAUGAAGUGUACCACAUUAUGAAACACAAUCAUUGAGCUAAACCUUUGAGAUUCAAAGCUAGCGGGUACUGAUUUUAAUGUUUGUCUUUUUACAGUUCAAACACUGACUCAGUCUUGGCACUAAUGAAACUGAAUGAUUCCUAUGCUGUACAGAGAAUUCGACGUGGUUUCAGACUUUAUGAUCAAUAAGGGAACAGAGGACAAGGUAGACGAAGGCAACCCCAAUCCUGCGCGACUACAGAACCCAGCCCACACACGGUUACACUGAAACACCUUUCACAGUUUGAAAUGUUGCUGCGUGUGAUAAACGUUUGGAGGAUUUAUUCCAAACUUAACACGAGUGCAGAGAGAGACAGUUACCAGACAUCCACUGUUUCUGAAGAUCAACUCGAUUCUUAUUUUAUACAUAUCCACUCCACACUGACAGCGCUCUUGAGCGGCGCAGUGUUUAUUUGGAAGACUGUCGGACAAAGUGAUGCACAAUCUCUUGAAUGUGACAAGACUGUCGCCAAGAGCUUUGGAGAAAAAACGAUUCACUGCUAGAGCCUUGAUCCCAGCUCAUGUUUUGUAAAAUAUAUUUAAGAAUAGU